CAGCAGCUACAUACGAAAGAUGGGAGAGGAAGCCAAUGAUGACAAAAAGCCAACAGCCAAGUUUGAACUUGAGCGAGAAACUGAACUCCGCUUUGAGGUGGAAGCAUCUCAGUCAGUUCAGCUGGAGCUGCUGGCCGGUAUGGCGGAAAUAUUUGGCACAGAAUUGACGCGCAACAAGAAAUUCACCUUUGAUGCAGGUGCCAAGGUGGCCGUUUUCACUUGGCAUGGCUGUUCUGUGCAGCUGAGUGGCCGCACUGAAGUGGCUUAUGUUUCCAAGGACACCCCAAUGCUGCUUUACCUCAAUACCCACACAGCCUUGGAGCAGAUGCGGAGGCAAGCGGAGAAAGAGGAAGAACGAGGACCCCGGGUGAUGGUCGUGGGCCCCACCGAUGUGGGCAAGUCCACGGUGUGCCGUCUACUGCUCAACUAUGCAGUGCGAGUGGGCCGCCGUCCCACCUACGUGGAACUGGAUGUGGGCGAAGGUUCCGUGUCCAUCCCCGGGACCAUGGGUGCCCUCUAUAUUGAACGUCCAGCAGAUGUUGAAGAGGGCUUCUCUAUCCAGGCUCCUCUGGUCUAUCAUUUCGGCUCCACUACUCCUGGCACCAACAUCAAGCUUUAUAAUAAGAUUACAUCUCGUCUGGCAGAUGUGUUCAACCAGAGGUGUGAGGUGAACCGGAGGUACGCCAGCCCUCCUCGCAGUCGUGGGCAGAACCCGGCAGUCGUGUGUACGUGCGCGCUCUCGCUUCCUCGCGUGCGUACGGCGCUGUGCUCCUACAGCCAAUCAGCCCGCGAGGUCGCUGCGGUCGCCCGGGUUCGUGCGCACGCACCAGCGCGAGGUAGGGGUGGGGGUUAUGGGGUGAAUGAGAGAGUGAGGGGGGGCGGGCGCGGCUGCGCGAGCCGCAUGAAUGAGAGAAACGUGCCCGGCGCGAGACGUCGCGCGCACCCGUACCCGAGAGCCAAUGGGAACGUUGGGAGGGCUCGAGAUCCCGUACUGACGGCCACGGCCGCGCGCCGGCUCGAAGCCGAGCGUCGUCGGACGGGGACGCGCGAGAGCAGGGCGGGCGUGGAGCGUGCGGGGGCCGCGCGCUGCCUCUCAGAGGCCGGACGGCACUGCCGGGAGGCGGCGGCCACAACGACGGUGGUGGUGACGGAGACGGCGGCGGGGGGUGAGUACCGAGCACACUCCGGCCCCUGCGGAACCGGAAGUGCCGGGCCAAUGAGGUGGGAGGGGAGACGAGAUCCCUGGGCCCCGGAAACGGACGAGGAGGAGGAGAGACUCGGGGUGGUGGUGGUGGUGGUGGUGGUCCACGGUCGCCGGAGCUCAGAACGGGUUCGUGCCGGGUCCCCUAGGUAUUGGCGUGGGACCCCGGUUCCUCCGUGCCAGCCGCGGUCCCUUCCGCCCCUGGCUCCUCGCCCCCGGACUCUGCCGUCCCCCGCAGUCCGCUCCCGCAGCCCCUGCGGGCCCUGCUGCGGGCGAUUCCUCCUCCCCGGGCUCGGCGGCGGCCCCUGGGCUGCCCCCCGGCUCUCGUCCCGGCUCUUCCCCAGGCUCCGGGGUGGGGACUGGGUGCCGUUCCCCGUUUACGGCGCUGCGGCUCGGGUCGCUCGCCCACCCGGCUGA